AUGAGCUUAUUCUUCUUCUUCCUCCUCUUCCUCAGUCACCUAAUCCUCAGCGCCUGGGCUCACGAGGAGAAGCGCCUCGCCCCCAAAGGGCAACUCGGACCCGCUGUCACUGAUAGGAACCCGGGACAAGCCAACGGUGGCAGGAGCAGCAGUAGUAGCACGACUUCUUCUUCUUCUUCUUCCUCUGCUUCCUCCGUCCCGGCGGCUUCUCUGGGCAGCCAAGGAAGCGACUUGGAGCAGAGCAGUUUCCAGUGGAGCCCCUCGGGGCGCCGGACUGGCAGUCUGUACUGCCGAGUGGGCAUCGGUUUCCAUCUACAAAUCUACCCGGAUGGCAAAGUCAAUGGCUCCCACGAAGCCAAUAUGUUAAGUAUUUUGGAAAUAUUUGCUGUGUCUCAGGGGAUUGUAGGCAUACGAGGAGUUUUCAGCAACAAAUUUUUAGCGAUGUCAAAAAAGGGAAAACUCCAUGCAAGUGCCAAAUUUACAGAUGAUUGCAAGUUCAGGGAGAGAUUUCAAGAAAACUGUUAUAAUACCUAUGCCUCAGCAAUACACAGAACUGAAAAAACCGGGCGGGAGUGGUAUGUGGCGCUAAAUAAAAGAGGGAAAGCUAAACGAGGCUGCAGCCCCCGGGUUAAACCCCAACAUGUUUCUACCCAUUUUCUGCCAAGAUUCAAGCAGAUGGAGCAGCCAGAACUUUCCUUCACAGUUACUGUUCCUGAAAAGAAAAAGCCACCUAACCCCGUCAAACCAAAGGUUCCCCUUGCUGCUCCUCGGAAAAGUCCCAACACAGUGAAAUACAGACUCAAGUUUCGUUUUGGAUAA